UACCGCAGUUUGUUUUGCAUAAAUCCCCUGUCAGUUCUUCCUUUCUUUACACUAGCAGGCAGCAGCAGUCAUGUCUUCUUCUCGUUUGUCUCCCAAAAAGUACGAUGUUUUUAUUAGCUUCAGGGGUGAGGACACCCGAGAAAACUUCACCAGCCAUCUCCAUUCUGCUCUGAGAGACAAGAACAUCGUUGCCUACAUAGAUGAUCAGCUCAAAAGAGGAGAUGAUGUUGGGCCAGCACUUGAAAAAGCAAUCAAGAACUCGUACCUGUCCGUUGUGGUGUUCUCAGAAAGAUACGCAACAUCAAAGUGGUGUUUGCAAGAACUGGUCAUGAUAAUGAAAUGCAGAAGAGAAGAGGGACAGGUUGUUCUUCCAGUUUUCUACAAAACAAAUCCAACAGACGUACGGAAGCAGACAGGGAGUUAUCAGAAACCAUUUGAAGACUAUGAUCGACUCGCCGCCGCCAGUAGCAAAAGAGACGACGACCAGAACAAAGUUGGUACUUGGAGAGCUGCUCUCUAUGAUGCAGCCAAUAUAUCUGGAUGGGACUCAAGUAACCACAAGGAUGAUUCUCAAGUUAUAUGGAACAUUGUAAACGAUGUUUCACAAAAGCUGCACCUAAGGUACCCUAAUAAAGUAGAAGGCCUUGUUGGAAUUGAGGAACACUGUACAGAGAUUGGAUAUGUGCUGGGAAAAGUUGGAAGAAUUGGAAUUUGGGGGAUGGGGGGAAUAGGUAAGUCUACCAUUGCUAAAGCCAUAUUUGUCAAAUACUUCCCCCAAUAUGACAGUGUAUGCUUCUUGGAAAAUGUCAGAGAAGAAUCACAGAAGCACGGACUACCGUACAUCCGUGAUAAGCUUCUCUCUGAGCUGCUAAAGGAACAAGUUACAACAUCCAAUAUUUCUGGAUCCUCAUUCAUUAAGAGGAGGCUCAGUAGUAGAAAAGUUUUCAUUGUGAUUGACGAUGUGGAUAGUUUUGAGCAAUUAGAAUACUUGUAUGGAGAAUUCAGGGACUUGGGACAAGGUAGCAAUCUCAUUGUAACAACAAGAGAUAAACACUUGCUUAAUGGAAGAGUUGACAAGAUAUAUGAGGUCAAGCAAUGGAACUUUCAAGAAUCACUUGUGCUCUUCAGCUUAGCAGCCUUCCAGAAAAGUAAUCCUAAAAAGGGUUAUGAGGGUCUCUCACAAAGGGCAGUUAAAUAUGCAGGAGGUGUUCCAUUAGCUUUAAAAGUUUUGGGUUCACAUUUUCAUUCCAGAAAUGAUCCUGAAUUCUGGAAAUCUGAACUGAAUUACUUGGAGAGCAAGAAGGAACCCCUAAAGAAAGUUCAAGAAGUGUUACAAGUGAGCUAUAAAGGAUUAGAAAGGACUGAGCAGCAGGAAAUAUUUCUGGACAUAGCUUUCUUUUUCAAAGAUGAAAAUAAAGAUUUUGUCAUAAGGAUACUAAAUGCUUGUGGCUUUAAUGCUAUUAGUGGAAUACAAAUACUUCAAGAUAAAGCUCUUAUAAGUGUUUCAAGUAUCAAUACUAUACAAAUGCAUGACUUGCUACGAGACAUGGCUUUCGAUAUAGUUCGAAAAGGCAUAACAGACCCUGGAAGACGUAGCCGAUUGAGGGAUAUUGAAGAAGUUCAUAAUGUACUUCAGAAUGACAAGGAAACUCGUGAAGUUGAAGGAGUAGCGUUAGAUUUGUCAGAGGCAGCAGGUUUGCAAUUGAGUGAUGACAUAUUCAACAGGAUGCCUAAUUUAAGACUUCUUAGAUUAUAUGUCCCCGCGGGUAAGCAAAGAUCAGCUAAAGUGCACUAUUAUUCUAGCCUCCUCCAUAUGCGAGAUUCUGCUAGAUUGAAGUACCUUGAGUGGAGUGGAUACCCUUCAAAGUCUCUUCCAUCCAACUUUUGUGCCAAGUCUCUUGUUGAGAUUCGCAUGCCGCAAAGCCAUGUUGAAGAACUUUGGAAAGGGACUCAGGAUCUUGCGAAUUUAGAGACAAUUGACCUGAUUGAAUGCCAACAGUUGGUGAAGCUUCCUGAUUUGUCUAAAGCCUCAAAAAUCAAAUGGGUUUAUCUGUCCAAAUGUGAAAGUUUGUGUGUUAUUCAUCUUGUAUCUGUGGAGACACUAGUUACUUUGAUGCUGGAUGGAUGCAAAAAACUGGAGAGUCUUAUAAGUGAAAAGCAUUUAAGCAAUCUGCAGGAGUUUAAUGUCGAUGACUGUUCAAGCCUCGAGGAAUUUUCAGUGUCGUCUGAUUCAAUUAAGAGGUUGGAUUUAAGCAAGAUAGGGGUCAAAAAAUUGUACUCGUCAAUCGGUCGUCUAAGCAAGCUUGUGUGGCUCAAUCUAGAAGGUUCGAGGCUGCAGAAUCUUCCUGAUGAGUUAUCAUACCUAACGUCUCUCAAGGAGCUAAUUAUUUCCAACUGUGGAGUAGUUAACAAAGAGAAGCUACAUGUCUUGUGUGCUAGCUUACGAUCCUUGAAAUUGCUACAUCUGACGGAUUGUGAUAACUUGUUUGAACUCCCCGACAACAUCAGUGCCUUGUUAUCACUUCAUGAUUUAAGGCUCAAUGGAACCAGUGUGAAAAAGUUGCCUACAAGCAUCAAGCUUCUGGAACAGCUAAAGAUUCUUUCCUUAGAGAAUUGUAGGAAGAUUCAGUUUCUACCUGAGCUUCCAUUUUUCAUCAAAGAGCUUUGUGUCGCCAACUGUACCUCAUUAGUGACGCUGUCCACUUUGAAGACCUUUUCAGUCAAGAUGAUAGGAGGGGAGAAAAACAUUUCGUUUAUGAAUGGAACGAAGCUGAAUGAAUGUUCGCUCCUUCAGAUUAUGGAAGACACCAUGUUUACAAUGAAGAGUGCUGUGUUGCACAAUGAAUUUGAAAGAAGGUUUAGGUUCUUUGACCACGGUUACAGUUAUAACGAAGUUGUGGUUUGCUUUCCUGGAAGCAGUAUCCCCUCAGGUUCAGGGAAAGUGUCGUUUGAAUAUCGGGCCACAGGGUCGUCAAUUACCAUUGAACCUCCUGCGAGACAUUUGUCUCACUGGCUAAUGACCAUUUACUCUGUGGUUCUUUCUCCAUCCCCUGGAAUCAAGCAGCAUGGUGCUAAAGUCAAAUGCCGAAUCUUCUCGAUAGAUGAUUUUGGACAGAGGAAACACAUGGCAACGUCAUCCUAUGGCAAAGACAUCGUGGAAUGCAAUUCAGACCAUGUUUUUGUAUGGCAUGGUUCAAGUUUCAUUGGUAUAAAACUUUGUUGUUUCGAGUUCUUGGCUACAACUGAUAGCGGGGAAGAGGAUGAACUGAUCAAAAUAAAAGCGUGUGGGGUUAACCUAAUUUGUAUCUCAGAUUCUGAGCUCCACCAUUUCUUACGGGAAGCAGCCGACUUGGAACUGCAGUUAAAGUUGGAGUUGGGAUUGAAGUUUAAAUUGUUAUUGGACUUGAUGCAGGAUGGUAAUGAGACAUUGAAUAGUUUAUGCGAUGCAUUGGAAAAUGGACUUGAAUUGGAUGAUUCAUUGAAACUAGAGUUAGAAUCACGUCGUCAAGCAGUUUUAACACUAAUUGAGAAGGAAGAAGGCAAAUCUCAACGAUCCAAUUCCUCGAAGGUAGUAAUUGACUGCUCUUCCUAUGAUGAUGAUGAGGAAGGAGAAGAAGUAAACAAAGAGGAGGAUGUGGACGUCGACAAUGUUUAUUUUGAUAAUGUUGAAAAAGAGCAGGAGAGGACGGUCAACUAUGCUGAUGAUGAGGCUCCUGCUACCUCUACUGAAGCUUCAGCACAAACUAAUCUUCCAAUUCAAGAUGUUCAUGCUGAGGAGACUCCUGUGCAGUCCACAAAAGAAGAUUCUGAGACUUCUGACGACAACGAUGAUCCCUUGGCUGAUGUCGAUAGCCUCUUCUCUGGCAACCAAAAACUUUCUCUGGCUUCCAUACAAUCUUCUUCAGCAAAAGAUAUCCCUCACGAAGCUGAUGCGUUAGCAUUGGCCCAUCAGCUCCAAGAUUUAAUUGCCGAAGACUUGACUGCCUUGGCGUCGGAUCCAAGUCGCUCCAUUGAAAUCCUCCAAUGCUUGUCUGAUUUGAAUAAUACACCGAGUCUGCCGGAAGAAGUAAAGGAAUGCACCUCUUCAUUAGUCUCGGUUGCUGGCCGGCUUCCGACAACAAUUGCUUCAGCCGUGAAGGUUAUGGCUGAUCGUGACAGAGCUUCAGCCCACAAGGCCAAGAUGGUUGAAUCGGUGAAGCAAGCAAAGCAAAAGAAAACUGAGCUUGUCGCGGCCAUUGAGAAGAAUGUUGUGGACAUCAAUAUGUUUGAUCAAAGAAUCGCAGCUUUAAAACUUGCGGUAAAUAUAAUGGAGGCCGAGAGGCAAAAACUUGCGGAUGCCAGUGUCAGCUACAACAAGGAGGAGAAGAAGUGGAAGAAAGAAGCCAAGGCUUUGGCUGUCGACGCCAAAAGUAGUGCAGCUACUCUUAAUGAAAUAAACCUUUUUUAUCCGCAAUCGGCCAAGGACUUUGCAGCUGCGCAAGCCACAAUUGAGGCGUCGAAGUCCACACUUGCCAAGUUCAUCUCCAGCUUUGCUAAGCCUGACCUUCAUGUCGAUCCUCCAAAAGAACCAAUGGCCGAGGCAUAGACCGAGCAAUUUUAUUCAUCUUUUAUCAGUGGUUAUACUAGAUACUUUGGUGUUGUUGGUGAUUUUAGAAUCAUCAAUGUAUUUUAGUAGUAAUGUGAUCUACUAUAGGCUGAUGCAAUUACGCGUUAGACUCGGAAUCGAGUCAGGUUAGUGCGGAGUGCACGCUCGGUGAGCCAACGCAUAAUUGACCGCGAAUACGAACCGGGGUCCAAGGGGCGGAGCCCCUGAACGUUGAUGACCCUAGUUUGAAAUUGUUUGGAAAAUUGUGACUUUUCGGAACAAUUGUGAUCAUUCGUGCAAACACAACCUUGUAUAUAAGGUUGCUUGCAGCCUAAGGAAAAAGAACAGAAAACCAGAAACAGAAUUCUGAAACAGAAAUUCGAACAACACAA